GUGUUGGGCACGAAGAGAGCCAGAUCAUUCUGAUAAUACAAAUCUGCAUAUUCAUAAUUUUUCUCAAGUUGUUCCCCAUAGUUCUUCACCAUGGUGUCACCUUCAUCCUAUUCCGAAAGCCCAAUUUCUGGCAUGAGACUGUCAUCAGUUGUGCCAGCUAAACAGACAGGAAACAAAGAUCAUCCACUGACAGACUUGGACUUGGCCGUCAAGCUCCAUUACGUCAGAGCAGUUUACUUCUUCGACAGCGAAGCCGUUCGAGGACUCACUAUAAAUGACUUGAAGACGCCGAUGUUUAAGUUGCUAGAUAUCUACUUCACUGCCGCAGGGAGGAUCAGGAGAUCCGAAACAACCGGCAGGCCGUUCCUCAAGUGCAACGAUGGCGGCGUUCGAUUUGUUGAGGCUUUUUGUGACAAAACUAUCGAUGAUUUGUUGAAUAUCAAUGGCGAUUCUCGUGAUAAUUGUCUGGCCUACUAUCAAACUCUUGGCCCUGAUCUUCCUUUCUCCCCUCCGGUUUUAGUACAGUUUACUUGGUUCAAAUGUGGGGGAGUCUCCUUGGGCCUGAGCUGGGCCCAUAUUAUCGGAGAUCCAAUUUCGGCAUCAACCUUCGUCAACAAAUGGGCUCUGAUCCUGGCAGGUCAUAUUCCAAUAAAAUCUCUUCACUCGCCAAAACCAAGAAAAUCUGAAACCCCUGUUUCACUUCCUGGAAAAUCGUCUCCCAUGAAAAGAGUUGAACCAGUUGGCGACCACUGGAAAUUUUCCAACAACUGUAAAAUGGAAACUCAAUCUUUCCAAAUCACUUCCAAACAACUAGCCCAUAUGGCAUCAAGAGUAUGUGCUCCCGCAAAUGUUUCUCAUUUUGAAGUCCUCUCUGCCGUUAUAUGGAAAUCACUCUCAAAAUUUAGGGAAGAUUCAGGGCCCAGAGUUGUGACAAUCUGUGCUUAUAAUAACUUGGGCAACAGAGAAAAUGAUGGGCCGACUAAUGACUUGGUUUUAAGCACAAUUGGGGCGGAUUUCAAUGUAAGAAAAGUUGAUAUAUCAGAAUUGGCUGUGUUGAUUGCUGAUAAGAAAAGGGUGGAUGGGAAUAGUUUGGCAGAAGAAAUAUUUUCGGAGGAAGAAAGUGAAAGUUCAGACCUUAUUGUGUACGGUGCGAAUUUGACAUUUGUAAACAUGGAAGAGGCGGAUGUUUAUGGGUUGAAAUUGCAGGGUAAGAAACCAGUGUUUGUGAAUUACGCCAUUGAUGGGGUCGGCAACGAAGGGAUUGUUAUGAUUCUUCGCGGUCCUGAUGAGGAAGAUGGUUGCGGCAGGACAGUGACAGUUGUGUUGCCGCAAGAUCAACUUACAAAUCUCGAGAAGGAGCUGAAUCAAGAAUGGUCUGUUGCGUGAUCAAGAGCCACGUUUAUUUGGAUAACAAUAACAAUAAAAGGAAUGAGUUUGGGCAA